AUGGCUCCAGCGCUUCCAACAACCAUUUCGGUACCAACCCGAGCACCAGCUAAACCACCUCCAGCUCAACCCCCUCGUCGCAAGAGAAAGAACCGAACUCCCGUCAUUACUAGGUUGACGGUCGAUGAUCUCCGCGGUGAGGUAGCGUACGUGUCGGAGGAUAUUUGGCGCGAUGUUUUCGGGUUUGUGAAGCAGGAGCCCAAGCCGAAGCCUGAGCAGGAAAUUGUUAACGGGAUUCCGGUAAUGGGUGGACCUGCAAUGGUGAUUGUCGAUGAUGAUGAGGACGACGAACCCAUUCCCCCUACACUACAUGCUGCCGUUACCCCUUUGAUGUCUUCGCGAGAAACCGCCACGAAGAAAUGGACUAUCUUUCCGGUUACCUUCCUUCCAGGAAGCUCUCAGUUUCCCGGACUCCCGCCGGCGACUAUGAUGCUUCCACGUACCAUCGCGCUUCCACCAUCCCUCGCAGCUGCUGGCGAAAAGGGCUCGAAACCCUUUGGGGUCCUACUGAUAGACGUGGUCCCGGUUGGCCUUGAAACAGUGUUUGUUAACGUUCGAUUCCCAGUGGGAACUCCAGUAGAGGACGACCAGGAUUUGGAAGAUCGCGUCAAGGAAGCUCUUGGCUCUGCAAAACUAAUUCGAACGGGCGAUGAUCUCCCACUGAGAUAUGCGCAUGGACGAAUUGAGAGAGGAAAGGCUAGAAUCGAGCUCUGUGAGCCCGUGGAGCAGGGAUUACUUUUACGGGAAACCAAGAUUGUGGUAGUUAAGGAGAAAUUAUCAAAUGCACGAAGGCGAGGCCCCGAUAACGUCGACGGAAUUAUCUUGGACGGCGAAUAUGAAGAUGGCGGCGGAGUUUCCUUAUCUGGGGAAGAUGGCGCCACGGGUAGCGACGAGGAAGAGGACGACCCGUUAGCAUUCUCGGGCUUCCUAUCUACACCUUUGACUCCUAGUGGUGUUUCGUUCCCUUCAACUUCUACCACCCCGCAUUUACGGAACGGCUACCAUUCCCCAAACACCCUUGCAUCACCAGCUCCGACUAGCACAAGCAAGCAGUUCACAACCCAGCCCUUGACGAGGCCCAUACCAUCUGGCCUAUUACAUCCAAAACCAAAGGAACAGGGCGACGACGAAGCUAGGGCAUUCGUCAGAGUUGGUGAUUUAGCCAAGUUGGGUUGUUUCUCCGGGGACUGGGUUAGGAUAUCUCUGCCUGCCCCUCCCCUAACAGAUACGGUUUCCAGAGAUCUCUCUGCGAUGAGAGGUGAUGGGGGAUCCGAUUUGGAGGUUGGGCGUCCGGUCAAGAUAUAUUCUCUUCCCGAAGGCUGGGAGACGUCCGGCCUGUCUGCCAAACGCCGGAGGGCAAGCGGGAGAGGUAAGGAGCCUGUCAUUGAUGAAGACCCCAAGAAGGAUUUGAACCCAGUUGUUUACCUUUCCCCCAUUCUCCUUGCAAAUCUGCCGUCAUCUUCUCCAACUAUAACUGUGUCCGAGGUUAUCCUUUCGCCAUUCCCCGCAGCUCCUACUUCUCUAUUAAGCCCAGUCCCCCUGUUUCCACCCGCCGCAAAAGAAGUUACUUUGUUACGAAUAGCAUCGCCAAUCUCUACGGACAGAGCUCUUCAGCCUUCACUACUUUUACAACUAAAAUCAUAUUUCGAAUCUUGUAGAAGACUGGUUCGAAAGGGGGAUGUGAUUGCUGUGGGAAUUGACGAAGCCCUUGCGCGAACUCUUUACGGCGGUGACGGCGGUGACGGUGUAAUGGAGGAACUUUUGACUGGGGGAGUAGAAGAGAAGGGAAGUAGAAGAACUUGCGUCGCGUGGUUCAAAGUAGGCAGUAUUGGCUCAUCAGAGGAAGCUCCUGAGAAGAUAUUUGUUGAUCCAGCGAGCACUCGCAUGGUUCAAGCCGGUUCUACUUGGGAGUACUACUUUGGACUGCAUCCGCCGCCUCUACGAUUGGCCGCCGUUCAAGGAGUUCCGCCAGCGUUGAUCGUGCCAGCACGUUAUGUCAGUCAGACUCAGCGACGCCUGAGAGAAUUGGUUUCUGCGGCUACCUCUCAGAGAGCCGUUCAAUUGGAGUUGCAAUCGAUCGCUAUCCUAUUGACAAGCACUCAAAGGUCCAUUGGCAAACGGACACUAGCAAUGAGAGCCGCGGCUGAUGUCGGAGCCCACGUUUUCCACAUAGACGCUUACGAUAUCACCUCCGACGGUGGUCCCGGGGACGUAAAGACAGAAGGCUUCUUGCGAGCUAGGGUUGAUAGGGCACUCUCCUGCGGUAAAGAAAGCUGUGUUCUACUACUCUCCCACAUCGAAGCCCUUACAUCGGCACGAAUGGGGGAAGUAUUAAAAGACAUUGUGGGCCAAAUGCGUAUCAUCAUCGUGACAACGGCAGAGGUUGACAAAUUAUCAGAGAAUAUCCGUAACGUCUUCACCCACGAGAUGGAAGUCGGAGCUCCAGACGAAAAUGAAAGAGUAGGGCUCCUGGAAGGAAUAGUAGACGAACGAAGAGUCCGCCUGGGCAAAGAAGUCGACCUCGGAAAUAUCGCUGUUAAAACGGCCGCUUUGGUGGCCGGGGAUCUAGUCGACGUUGUUGAGCGUGCAGUCGCAGCAUCCCAGGACCGCAUUUUAAAACUUGCGAAGAAAUGCCGUGCUCGUCAAAAGGACCCCGAUUCCCCUGAGGGCCCCGUAUCGGUCAAGGACUUGGAAAUAGCCGGUGGUGAUGAAACUACUAGUGUUCUAAAAUGCGAUUUCGAAGUAGCUGUCGAAGCUGCACGCAGGAACUUCUCGGAUUCGAUCGGCGCGCCAAAGAUCCCGAACGUGGGCUGGGACGAUGUAGGAGGUCUCGCAAAUGUAAAGAGCGCCGUCAUGGAAACAAUCCAACUCCCACUCGAGCGACCAGAACUCUUCGCAAAGGGGAUGAAGAAGCGUUCCGGAAUAUUAUUCUACGGACCUCCCGGAACUGGAAAAACGCUACUGGCAAAGGCGAUUGCCACGGAAUUCUCCCUCAAUUUCUUUUCCAUCAAGGGGCCUGAACUACUGAAUAUGUACAUCGGUGAGUCGGAAGCGAACCUGCUCGCAGAAUUAGAUGGCAUGAGUGAAGGUGCGGAGGGUAGCGGCGGCGUAUUCGUUAUCGGAGCGACCAACCGACCGGAUUUACUCGACGCAGCAUUACUACGGCCCGGGAGGUUCGACAAGAUGUUGUACUUGGGUGUUUCGGACACUCACGAUAAACAAUUGACUAUCAUGGAGGCCCUUACUAGAAAAUUCACCCUCUCCCCAACCCUCUCUCUCCGCAGCAUAUCCGAAACUCUCCCCUUCACCUACACAGGAGCAGACCUGUACGCCCUCUGCUCCGACGCAAUGCUCAAGGCAAUCACACGCCAAGCCAACCUCGUCGACGAAAAAAUCAAGCGCUUGUCGGCCACCUCGGAGGAACCCGUUUCAACAGCACACUUCUUCGACAACAUCGCUACGCCUGAAGACGUUCUCGUCGUAGUUGGUGAGGAGGACUUUUUACAGGCGAAGGGCGAAUUAGUCGGUAGUGUUAGCGCCAAGGAGUUGGAGCACUACCAGAGGGUUAGAGAGCAAUUCGAGAUGGCAGAGGAGAAGGGGAAAAAGGGGAGGGGGAACGCUAUCGAACAGGCAGUGGUAGAGGGGGAGGAAGAGGUGCCGGUAGUAGACAAGAAAGGGAAAGGGAAAGCCGUAGUUGUGGAUAGAGAUGCAGGCGUGUAAGUCGAAGAUAUAGGACUACUGCUGAAAA